CAUAUCAAGACAAAGUUUAUCUCUAUCCUCGCUGAGUCGCUGGUUGCUGUCACAGCGGAGUUAAUCUCAGAAGACUGCUUUCCCGAAGAAAAUCGAACCCUUGUAAGGAAACUGAGGCCUUACCUUAAAAUAAACGGCGAUAGAGUGAUGGUGGUACCGGUGGCGAACACAUGGGGAGUGGGACAAGCUCUCUCUAGCUCGCGACCAAGACCCUUCUCUGGUUCCGAUGUCUAUCCCAACCCAAAGAAAUCAGUCGGCCUCAGUUUCGUUCUUGGUUGGGGCUGUGCUGUUCAAAGCAGGCUAUCGAUCUUCUCCCGUCGGAACCGCAAAAAUUCAGACUUCUGUUGCCGUUGUGCAGCCGCAACACACAACAAGAACAACAGCAGCGACAAUGGUAAUGGUCCUUCUUCUUUGGAUUGGGAUUGGAAUCGAUGGAGCCGCCAUUUCUCUGAAAUUGAACAGGCCGAGAACUUUGCCUCUGUUCUUAAGUUUCAACUUGAAGAGGCGAUUGAAAAGGAAGACUUUCAAGAAGCAGCAAAAUUGAAAAGGGCUCUAUCGGAAGCAACAUCAAUGGAUAGUGUUGCUGAUAUCAUGUCUCAGUUGAAGAGUGCCAUAGAUGAAGAGCGAUACCAUGAGGCUUCAAAAUUAUCUAGACAUACUGGAAGUGGACUGGUGGGUUGGUGGGUAGGCUAUUCCAAAGAUUCAGAUGACCCCUUUGGCAGAAUGAUACGUAUCAGUCCCAGUAUGGGUAGAUUUGUUGGCAAGAGUUACAGUCCAAGACAGCUGGUCACAGGUUCUCCUGGGACUCCAGUUUUUGAGAUUUAUGUGGUGAAAAACGCUGAUGACUCAUAUCAUAUGCAGGUGGUGUACUUGCGGCGAGCUAAAGGAAAUUCAAUGAGUAACUCUCCAUCUGUGCCUGAGAAAAGCCCAUCCAAACCUGAAGUUGAGAAUGUUCCUCCAGUUGAAGUACAGGAGCAUGAAGAGAAGGUUGAGAGAAGUGACGAGAAAAGCAGUACUAUUGAGGGAGCAACUGAGGAGGGCAUUAAAAAUGUGAUUAAUUUUCUCAAAGAAAAAAUUCCGGGAUUGAAAGUCAAAGUCAUGAACAUUAGUGUUGAAGAGGAAGGGACUGAGGAUAGUGAUCCUGUGAAGCAAUUGAUGGAGGAAGAGAGUAAUAAAACUAGCAUCGAUGAGAAUCCUGAAGAGGAUGUUAAUAAUCUGGAUGAACCUGAUGAGGUCACUUUACAGGGGGAUAGUGAUGCCUCUGGAGAUGAAAAGGAUUUGGAUAUGAAGCUUUUUAUUGGUGGGGUUGUACACACUAAUGAAGAAGCUCCUGCCAAAGAUGAAUUUACGCGUCUUCCAGCUGAAAUAAAAGAUUCACAAAGAGAUUCUUUUGUCUUGCAUAUCCCUAGAAGAAAUCUAGAUUAUGAUAUUAGAGAAAAUAAAUUAUCCAAUAUCAAAGUGGCAGCUGUGGCAACACAAGGAGUCUCGGAGCUUAUGCCUACUGAUGUUGCUAAAGCAUUUUGGAGUUCUGACAAAGUCUCUUCCAAGGUGUCCAAAAGUGUACGUGAAAUUGUCAAACUUGCAAUUAGUCAAGCACAGAAAAGAAGUAGAUUAUCCGAAUACACGUCUUUCAGUCGGAUUGUAACUUCACAAGGGGAUUUAGACCCUUUUGAUGGACUCUAUGUUGGUGCAUUUGGCCCUUACGGCACUGAAGUGGUGCAAUUGAGGCGCAAGUUUGGACACUGGAGUGAUCCGGGCAAGGAAAGCAAUUCCUCAGAUGUGGAGUUCUUUGAAUAUGUAGAGGCAGUGAAGUUGACUGGGGAUCUUAAUGUUCCUGCUGGCCAGGUGACAUUUCGUGCAAAAAUUGGGAGAGGCAAUCGCAACACCAACCAUGGGAUGUAUCCAGAUGAAUUAGGAGUGGUGGCAAGUUAUAAAGGUCAAGGGAGAAUAGCUGACUUUGGCUUUCGAAACCCAAAAUGGGUUGAUGGAGAAUUACUCCAACUUAAUGGCAAGGGCAUUGGACCAUACGUGAAAGGUGCAGAUCUUGGUUUCCUUUAUGUUGUUCCGGAGCAAAGCUUUCUUGUUAUAUUUAACCGAUUGAAAUUACCAGAGUGAGCUAUAAUAACCUAAUCCUGUCAUGAUUUUUCUUCAACAAUAUGAGGCGGGAGUGGGGCACUUUGACGCUUGCCAUGAGAGUAUCAUCUGAAACCUUUAUGCAGGCGACUGUACUUUUUUUCUAGCCUUGUAGCCUUUCAUGGUACAAAAUAUUCUUUCGUUCUUUUUUUCGGUUCUAUACUGCAUCUUGUGUAUAUCAGUUUUGCUUACAGACCAAUUAGUGUGAUAGGAACUCGGCAAGAAAUUAUAAGAGAUAUUUUUCUUUAUACAUUCUAGGUUAUUAAUGUACUUUUAUCUCUCAAGACCUUUCUUGUGUAUGGUGCAUCUGAAGCAAUCAACAUGAGAUUUUGGUUACA